AUGGCGAAGUGGUCACUUCUUUGGCCUUUGACUUUCGGCGUCGCCAGCGCGCGAAGUUCUGAACCCACUGCGUUCUGUAGUGAUGACAUCGCUUAUCUUCAAACCAAGGCCAGCCAGGCAAUCUGUGACCCGGAUGUCCUUAACUCUGGUCGAUGUGUUGGUGACGGCGCUUGCUUCGGCUGUGUGCCUGCCUCGGACGGCCAGAAGAUUCCCACCGACGACAUCAACGGCUUUCCGACCGGCUUCCUCCUGUGCGAAAACAACCCAGCUGUCUUGGACGCGCCGACGUGUACCAUCUCCAGGGAAUCUCCGUUCGCCUACAGCUUUCAGAACCCCAAGAACUACUUGCAGUGCACCGGCAGUUCAGCUUGUUACAAUUGGCGCGUCAAAGACUUUGCAGCUCUCUGCUGUGAUGGCAAUUCCGCAUGCCGGACGGAUGAGGGAGCGCAGGUGACCAACGAAGCCAACUUCGCCCUGACGUCGGGCAAUCCCAACUGUCCUCCGGAUGUUUGCUGCCGAGGCAUCCGCGCCUGCAGUUUCCUGACCAACAUUUCAGGAGUUAGCUCAGCUGCCUGUAGCAGUUCUAACGCUUGCGAGCAGGUCACCAUGUUUUUGUCCAGGGACCUGUUCUGCUCGCGGCGCGACGCUUGCAAACGGGGCAUUUUCCGCUUCUCAGCGGCCGGCACCGGACCUUCAAAGCACUGCGUCCAUUGCUUCGACAUGAGCGUCGUCGAUGACGACUCCAGCGGCUCUCGCUGUUUCUGCAGUGGCGCUGGCUGCACCAAUCUGGUGGGACCACUGACGUGCGAAACGCCGUUGACGGUAAGCCCAUGUGGUCAGGACAUCUGCAAGGAGGACAGAAGUCCACGUGCCUUUUGCGACAGAGGGCUCCGAGAUCCUCCAGAUUGCUCAGCGUGCGCCUCUGGUGGAGGUGUGGUUGGCGAUCCUCAUAUUACUACGCUGGAUGGUCGACGCUACACGAUGCUGCAGCAAGGGAACUUUUUGCUAUGGAGCUUUUCAGGUUUGGAUGCAGAAGUUCCAUGGGUGAAUGGCCAAAUGAAGCGAAUUCCGCUCGAUUUCCGAAUCUAUACCCACUACUCAGGUCGAGCGUCCUUCACGAAAGGCAUUCUGUUGGUCGACCGCUCUGGAGCAGCACCUCGCCAGGCCUUGGAAGUCACGUCUUUGGACUGCGCUUGGAAGACCAAAAGCACCGGCAGCUGGCGCCGAAGCGAGACGGAAUUUCUGAAGCUGGAAGCUGCGGGAGCAACCUUCGGAGCUUUCAACGUCACCGCUGGAAAGGCGUGGCACGAGCGACAGCAGCGACAGGACCUUGGACGAAUUGAACGUUCCGAGGUGCAGCUUUUGAUGCGACAGAAGGGAUGGACCAGAAUUGCGCAGCUGCGGGUCACUUGCAAGCCAGGUCAUCACAUUGCCGCCAAGCUGAAGAUGUCCAGUACGGCGCAGAAUCGCUUCGUGAAAGGAGAACUGGCUCCUAGCGGCCACUCCACUCUCGUGGCAGGUUUGAAGGGUGGACGACUGGCUUUUGUGGCGAAAGACACAGAGUUUGCGGCGGACAGCUGGAGGGACUUGGGUGGAAGCCAGGAGACGGCAACGUACUUGGCAUCGACAGGAGCUGAAGGAUGGGAAUUUCUCUCGCGCUGCGAAGGGCCAGAGGAGACCGCAGCUCUUGCAGUUUGCCAAAAGCACUGGGCUCUGGCCAAAGCUGGAGAUUCGUCGAAAUUCGUGGGUUCUCGGAACGAGGUUGAGCAGAAGGCCAAUUUCUUGGCUGAUUGUGCUUUUGACGUUUGUGCUGGUGGUGAAACUGCCGCCCAGCUUGCAGCAGAUCUGCUGAACUUUGAAUAGGCCAUGGCUGCAGGCCUUGUAGAAAGGCUCUGGGUCUCCUGGAAACGCAUGGAAGCACUGAGGCACAUGCGUCCUUGAGCCGUGUGCUUAUCAAUUAUUACCCACUGAAUUCGUGAGUUGGAAGCAAUUGCGCGUGAUAUAUCAUCUGCGUUGACUUCAGCCAAGAGCGCAGAUCAACGCAGAUGACGUGGCUGCUGUGACUGCUUCUCCCUCCGCGCCAGAAUCUUUGAGUAACAAAACUCCAAAUCUUUCUGCAGUUGUCAGAGUGACAUCGAGCUUUGAUCAGUCCUUUCUUUAACCACAGGUUACCAACAGGUUAGCAGAGUGCCUUGCUUGUGAC